CGGCUGCCAAGGAGGAGAAGGACGUGGACAAGGACAACGACAACGACGUGGAUGUGGCGGCGACCGAGGGCCGGGCUCCAGUGUCAUGUUCUACCUGUCGGCCGCCGUGUCGGAUUUCUACAUCCCAGUCUCCGAGAUGCCAGAGCAUAAGAUCCAGUCCUCGGAGGGGCCCCUGCAGAUCACAAUGAAGAUGGUGCCAAAGAUGCUGUCACCCCUGGUCAGAGACUGGGCCCCGGAGGCCUUUGUGAUUUCUUUCAAACUGGAGACAGAUCCCCAGAUCCUCCUGGAUAAAUCUCGGCAGGCUCUGGAGAAAUACCGGCACCAGGUGGUGGUGGCCAAUGUCCUGGAAUCCCGGAGAACCUCUGUCAUCAUUGUCACCAGGGACUCUCAGACUCCUUUAUCCCUGUCUGACGAGGAAGUAGCACAAGGCAUGGAAAUAGAGGAGAAGAUUGUGAGUUACCUCCAGGGCCAGCACUCGGCCUUUAUAGAGAGAAAAGGCUGAGGAGCAGCUUGGAGGAAACAAGAGAAUUGUGCUGCCCAGGGAGUGGGACCAGAGUGAUUGCCUGUCCAGGGAAAUAAAUCAGUCCCCAUGGAACACUAAGGAGGGUUGUCCACCACUCUAUCACUUUCAAACAGUUUUGCCACGGCUAUUGCAGCUUUGUAAAAGAGAAAUACAUGGAAGUGAAACCA